AUGGGAAAGUUUGAGCUGGAAACAGCGCCCCCGAGCGCGGAGUUGUUGGAGAUCGCCAAGCAGGAGCUCCGCGAGACACCGGAAGUCCGGGCAGCUGCCGUCGAGGAGCUGCGCAAGCUGCUGGAAGCGGCAACGGAUCUCAACUACCCGAACGAUGAGGAGUUCCUGAUCAUUUUCCUUCGCCCAACCAAGUUCUACCCCGAAAGUGCACUGAAGUUGAUGCGCAACAUUGCGGAGUUUAACAAAAACUACAAGGAAACGCUGUUCAACUUGAUGCCGAGCGAUGUGCAGAAUGUGUUUAUCGAGCAUAACAUUAUCAACAUUUUGACGAACCGGGAUCAGAACGGGCGGCGCCUGAUGUUCGUGAAUAUGGGUGAGGUCUGGGACCCGAAGGCAGUGUCGGAGGAGCAGGUCUUCCGGGUGCUGUACACGAUUCACAAGCUGGCCAUGCUGGAACCGGCCACCCAGAUCAACGGUGUGGUGGUGAUCUACGACUUCAAGGGGAUGGGCAUGAAGCAGGUCAAGGCGAUGUCACCCAGUGGCGCUAAGCGUCUGCUGACGUUCAUCCAGGAGGCGAGCCCACUGCGUGUGAAGGGCAUCCAUUUCAUCAACCAGCCCAUGGUCUUCAGUAUUGUGUGGAAACUGUUCAAGCCAUUCGUGAAGGAGAAGCUGAACAAGCGUAUGUUCUUCCACGGUGAUAAACUGUCGCAGUUGCACGAGCAUGUACACAAGGAGUACCUACCGUCGAACUACGGCGGCAGUCUUCCGGCGCUGGAUUAUGGUGGCAAGGAUUGGUACCCGGUGGCGGAACAGCAUCUCGAGUUCAUCAAGAAAUGGAACUCGUGCGGAUUUAAGUAA